AUGAGAAUCCAACUCUUCCUUUCAUGUCUUCUCUUGAUACCUUUGCUCCAUAGCCCACGCCUCGUUCGGGUUUCCGCACAAUGUCUCGACGAACAGCUGUCACUUUUGCUGCAGCUGAAUAAUAGCCUCGACUAUGGGCGCCCUCUCUUCUCCACGAAGUUAAUCACCUGGAGUCAAUCCGUUGACUGCUGCAGCUGGGAUGGGAUAGUUUGUGACGAGCUGGGCCGCGUCAUCAGUUUGGACCUCCAAAACAAAAACAUAUCCGGUGGCCUCGACAACUCGACAGCCCUUUUCGAGCUUCGUUACCUGAAGAAGCUGAAUUUAGCUUCCAACAGCUUCCUAGGUUCGAAUAUCCCGAAAGGGCUUCAAAAUCUCACGGAUUUGGUGUACCUGAAUCUCUCCAACGCCGGUUUUGGCGGGCAGGUUCCGAUCGAGCUUUCCAAGUUGACAAAAUUGACUGUUCUCGAUCUUUCCAGCUUGUUUGUUGUUGCCGAGCCUCUGAAACUCGAAAGCCCGGACUUGAGGACGCUCGUUCGGAACCUCACGGGCCUUAAAGAGCUCUAUCUCGAUGCCGUCAAUAUUUCGGCUCGGAAUAACGACUGGGGUCGAGCUCUUUCGUCUUCUCUCCCGAACCUGACGAGCUUGAGCCUGCGCAGCUGCGACCUGGCUGGCCCACUCAAUAGUGACGUUUCGAAAAUGAGCUCGCUUUCGGUUAUCCAGCUCGACAACAACAAUCUGUCGACAUCGGUUCCUGAAUUUCUGGCGAGCUUCUCGAACUUAACGGUUUUGACGCUUAGCGGCUGCUCGUUAACCAGUUCCUUGCCGGAAGUUAUUUUUCAGGUACCCACUCUACAAGUUUUGGAUUUGUCGAACAAUAAUUUGCUCGGUGGUACGAUUCGACAGUUUCAAAAGGGUAGUUUGUUAAGGACAUUGGUUCUUACCAAUACUAAUUUGUCCGGUUCAUUACCAGAUAGCAUUGUGAAUCUAAAACUGCUGUCUAAGAUAGAUGUUGCGAACUGCAAGUUCACCGGGAAUAUUCCACCGGAGAUGGCGAACAUGACGGAACUUGUUUACCUCGAUUUCUCGAACAACGAGUUCACCGGUUUAAUUCCGCCUUUUCGGAAUUCGAAGAAUCUCAGCUACGUUGACCUCAGCCGAAACCUUCUGACGGGCUCGUUGUCCCACGCGCAUUUCGAGGGACUUUCGAGUCUUGCGUAUGUUGACUUAGGGUACAAUUUACUGAAUGGAAGCAUCCCGAGUUCUCUCUUUAGCCUCCCUUUAUUACAGAAACUGCAGCUUUCGAACAACAAAUUCAGCGGCCGAGUAGAUGAAUUUUCGACUUCAAACGCUACAAACUUGGAUACACUCGAUUUAAGCAAUAACGAGCUCACGGCCCCUAUUCCAAUGUCUCUAUUCGAACUCACACGACUCAGCGUCCUCUCGCUUGAUUUCAACUUGUUCAACGGCACCAUAAAGCUCGAAAAUUUUCAAAGGCUUGGCAAUCUUACGAGACUGGAGCUCGGAUACAACAACUUGACAGUAGAUGCAAGCAUCGGUUGGGACCUCACGACAAGUUUGCCCCAGCUAAGCAGAUUAAAUCUUGCUUCGUGCAAUUUAUACCGCUUCCCGGGCUUGAUAAACCAAUCGAAAAUGACGUUUUUGGACCUCUCGAAUAACUUCAUCGAGGGGGAAAUUCCUAGUUGGAUUUGGAAUGUGGGAAAUGGAAGACUUUCCCAUUUAAAUCUUUCGAACAAUCUCUUACUCGAUUUCCAAAGGCCACUCAAUAUCUCCCGUUAUAUAAGCGUGCUCGACUUGAGCUCGAAUUUGCUCGGAGGCGAGCUCCCAAUGCCACCACAAUCAGCUGCCUACGUAGAUUACUCAAACAACAGUUUUACAGGCACAAUCCCACCCGAUAUAGGCAACUUCAGUCUAUUCGCCAUAUUUUUAUCUGUCGCGAACAAUAACCUCACCGGAAAAAUCCCCGAGUCACUUUGUCAUUCGGCUUACCUUCAAGUUCUCGAUUUGUCCGGAAAUCACUUGGAUGGUAAUAUACCUUCGUGCUUGAUCUUAAACCGAAGUACUACUCUCGGGGUGUUGAAUUUGGGGAGAAACCGUAUAAACGGGUUCAUCCCCGACAAAUUUUCAGUCGGCUGCAGUCUGAAAACUCUGGACAUGAGUAAUAAUAACUUGAAGGGGAAGAUUCCACAAUCAUUGGCUAAUUGCGCGUAUUUAGAAGUUAUAAACUUUGGAAACAAUAGAAUCGAAGAUAGAUUUCCUUGCAUGCUGAAAAACUCUUCGAGCCUACGCGUGCUCGUUUUGAGGCACAAUAGAUUUUACGGGGACUUGAGAUGUCCCGCGAUAAACGGGAGCUGGCCGAAUCUUCAGAUUAUCGACAUUGCUUAUAAUAAAUUCUCUGGCGAGUUGUACCCCAAAUGCAUCGCCAGCUGGAAAGGAAUGACUCUCGAAAGCAGUAUGGAUUCGAAUCAGGCGAACAAGAACGAUCACUUACGGUUCGCGUUUCUCAUGAAUAGAUUUUAUUACCAAGAUACAGUCACGGUCACGAUAAAAGGACUCGAGCUGGAGCUCGUCAAGAUUUUGAAAGUUUUCACGGCCAUCGAUUUCUCGUGCAACAAUUUCAGUGGGGAAAUACCGAAGACGAUAGGCGACCUAACUUCUCUUUAUGUUCUCAACUUAUCUCACAAUUCGCUCACCGGGAAUAUUCCGAGCUCGGUUGGGAAUCUGAGUCAGCUGGGGUCGUUGGACCUCUCGGUUAACCGACUAACGGGGAGAAUACCGAACGAGCUCGCGGGCCUCAAUUUUCUAUCGUUCGUGAACCUUUCAUACAACAUGCUCGCAGGUCGAAUCCCGAGAGGUUCGCAAUUGCAGACGUUUUCGGCUGAGAAUUUUGCAGGAAAUGCAGGGCUUUGCGGGUUUCCUCUGAAUACAAGUUGCGAUUUAAUAAACAACAGGGAGGAAAACAGAGGGCCGGGAUUAAAUGAGCAUGGAUUCGAUUGGCAGUUCAUAUUUACGGGGCUGGGAUUUGGGGUCGGGGCAUCGUUGGUAGUGGCGCCUCUCGUUUUCUGUAAGGUUUGGCGGGAAAAGUGUGAAGAGAAACUGGAUCGGUUGUUGAAGACGGUUUUUCCAUGGUACGGAGUGAGUUACGUUAGGUGUGACAGUAAGGUUGAGAACAUUGAAGAGCGGACGAGUGAUGAUGAUGAUGAUGAUGAUGAGGAAGAGGGAGAUGAUGAAGAGAAUGGCGAUGAAUUCGGAGGGAAGUACUGUGUUUUCUGCACGAAAAUGGACGUUCGGUUGAAACGAGCUGUGCAUAAUCCAAAGUGUACAUGCCAUUUUUCACCACCUAUAUUCUCUUCUUCUCCUCAAACUCAAGCUACAUCAUCAUCAUCUUCUUCUUUGUUGGUGAUCUAUUUGGAGAACUGUUGA